AUGUCGGACAGCAUAAAAAAUGUCUUCAAAAUGGAAGAGUAUCAAAAUGAUAUCUGUGAAGUGUAUAAUUUUCAGAUAGAGAAAGUCAUAAAGGAUCAUUAUCCUACCAAAGUUGUACAAGUUCACAAAACACUCGAUCCCAACAGAAAGUGGGCUGUAAAAAUGUGUUACAAAGACAAGACACAUAAAUGUAUUUCGGCUGAACGUCACUUCUUGACUGAAGUUAUUAUACUGAGAGGACUUAAACAUCCCUUCAUCAUGGGCCUAGACAACGUCGCAUCAUUUCCUUAUUACUUCUGCUUCGUGAUGCCAUUCUACGAGGAUGGCAUGCUGACCAAAGCGCUGCCAACGAUGACCCAUGAGUUGAGAGAUGAAUGCCUAGUGCAGCUUUGCUGUGGAAUCAAGUUUCUUCACGACAGAGGAGUCGCUCACAGGGACCUGAAAUCUGACAACAUUUUACUCACUAUGCAAAAGAAUGUCGUCAUUGCUGAUUUUGGUUUAGGAGAUUACGUCUGGCGACGUGAGCCUUUAGUUACUGGGAAGAAAGGAACAUACAUGCAUAUAUCUCCUGAGCAGGGCGAAGAGCCAUUUAACUGUUUUAAGUGUAAAUUUAUCACCAUUUUUUUCAGGGACAUUUUGUCAUGUCUUUUGGAAGCUGAUCCUAUCAAGAGAUUAUCAGUUCUGAGUUUGAUCAAUUUACUGAGCAACUCAAAACUUUUUGACCAUAGAAUCAAACUACUUAGAGUCUCAGAGUUUCAAGAAAAAGGUCUUUGUCUUUGUUUGUUAAAGUGUCAGAGUUUCAAGAAAAAGAUCUUGUGA